UCUCUCAGCACCCGGAGAGAGCGAAUGGGAAGCGGCAUCACCGCCCCACGUUAAAAAACACCGCACCGACUGUGGAUGCCAAAAGCCGACUUGUGCCGCUAUGCUUUAUAGACACUACACCCGGGCGUCGAGCAGCGGCCAGGUGACAUCCGCCUGUAUGUAUAUGUAAACGGGCUAGCUAUUUACCCUUUAUUUAUUUAUUUAGCUCCUUAUUAUUAUUUUUCUCCUCCAUUGAUUUUGUCGGCGCAGUAAUGGCCGCGCAGAGGCAGGUGCAGCGUCGCGGAUGUUUGUGCGCGUGAUGUGACGGAUUCCGCCCGCGCGCUGGGAUGGGAUGGGACACACCGAACCGAGGCCCGAUCUUUCCGGUGACACGUCUGAUGAGGCUUUACAUCGAGGCGUAGGGGUGAGGUUUUAAUAGCGCCGGCUGAGGGCCUCCUCUCGCAUAGCGGCACAAGGACUAAACAAACAAUCCGCGCGGCCGAGAUUCUCCCCGUGACACUGCGGCGCAUCCUGAUGCUUUUCACAUCCCAUCAUGGAGCAGUGUGGCAGCGCGUGCACCUGAUGACGCCCCUGUAAAUGAACCCCAGUCCCUCCUCCCAAAAUAAUAACGUCUGGAUGUAAAAAGAAUCGCACUCGCACUCUUUCUGAAUCACACGCGCGUUUGUUUAUUUAUUUAUUUAUCUGAUUCCCCUGCGUUACAAAACAAACAAACAAACAAAAAACACAGUAACAUCGCCAAGAUGAUGGAGCUGCCGCUGGACGAGGUCGUCUACCAGGACGACUACGGCUCCGUGUCCGUGAUGUCGGAGCGCGUGUCCGGCCUGGCCAACAGCAUCUACCGCGAGUUCGAGCGCCUCAUUCGCAGCUACGACGAGGAGGUGGUGAAGGAGCUCAUGCCGCUCGUGGUGAACGUGUUGGAGAACCUGGACGCCGUGCUCACGGAGAACCAGGAGCAUGAGGUGGAGCUCGAGCUGCUCAAGGAGGACAACGAGCAGCUCAUCACGCAGUACGAGCGGGAGAAGGCGCUGCGCAAGCAGGCCGAGGAGAAGUUUAUCGAGUUUGAGGAUGCGUUGGAGGCAGAAAAGAAGGAUCUCCAGGCCCAAGUGGACUUUUUAGAAUUACAGGGAAAACAGUUGGAACUGAAGACCAAGAACUACGCAGAUCAGAUCUCCCGUUUGGAAGAACGUGAGUCAGAGAUGAAGAAAGAGUACAACGCUCUUCAUCAGCGACACACAGAAAUGAUUCAGACCUAUGUUGAACACAUUGAACGCUCCAAAAUUCAACAGGCUGGAGGCAACCAGUCAGAUACCACAGGCUGCGGAAGAACUCAACGCAACACCUGGAGGAAAAGUAAAGCGGAGCGACCUCCUUCGUUGAGUCUCUUUCCCACUGGGGAUGCUAUGGUACGUGGGGGUCACGGGGGGGCUAGGACGACGUCGACAGACGCCUGGCAUGCCAGUGAUCUGGGUCGAGCCGUCUACGCCCCUGGCUUCCAGGAGGACGGCUCAGAGUCCGACUCAGUUGUGGCCACGCCCAGCAGCACAGGCAGCAAAUCAAACACUCCCACCUCAUCUGUUCCCUCGGCAACAGUUACCCCUCUGAAUGAGGCGGUGGUUCCCUCUGGAGAGUUUGACAUGUGCCGGGGGCGGAGCCGCAAAAACGCCAAGAGGCUCAGCAGGAAUAUGGAAGUGCAGGUCUCACAGGAGACCAGGAAUGUCAGCAUCGGUAUGGGAAGCAGUGAUGAGUGGUCUGAGUUUCAGGAAAUCAUAGACUCUACUCCAGAGUUAGAUAUGUGCAUGGACCCUCGUAUCUAUGGCGGAGGAAACAGUCCAUCUCAGGGCAUAGUGAACGAGGCAUUUGGCAUCAACACAGACUCGCUGUACCACGAGAUCAAAGACGCAAAAUCUGACAUCAUUGGUGAUGUGGAUGCCGGAGCAGAGCUGCUCGGGAUGGGGAAAGAGGUGGAGAACCUUCUCACAGAGAACAAACAACUACUGGAGACCAAGAAUGCUCUGAACAUUGUGAAGAACGACCUGAUCGCGAAAGUGGAUGAGCUGUCGGGAGAGCAGGAGGUCUUGAGGGAGGAGCUGGAGGCAGUUAAACAGUCCAAGAACAAAGUGGACAGCAGAGUCAAAGACCUGGAGGAGGAGCUGAAGAGGCUGAGAGCUGAGGCACUCGGAGCAUCUCAGGACUCAAAGGAUGAAGGAGGAGAGGAUGAUGAUGUGGCCAUGGCGCAGAGGCGCAGGUUCACACGGGUCGAGAUGGCGCGUGUCCUGAUGGAACGCAACCAGUACAAAGAGAGACUGAUGGAGCUGCAGGAGGCCGUCCGCUGGACUGAGAUGAUCAGAGCCUCUAGAGAGAAUCCUCAAAUCCAAGAGAAGAAGAAAUCAACCAUCUGGCAGUUCUUCGCACGUCUCUUCAGCUCAUCCUCAAGCCCUCCUCCAGUGAAGCGGCCAUACACCAGUGUCAACAUCCACUAUAGAUCCCCCUCUCCUGGCUUCAACCAGAGACGCUCACAGACCAUGUGCCAGAUCUCCACUUCCAACCGCACACUUGAGUUCUUCCCUGAGGAACUGCCCAGUAAUGGUGUUGCGUCUCUCCUUAGCGACUCGGCGCUCUCAGUCCGUAGGGAGCAGCGGCGUGAGCAGUACCGGCAGGUCCGUGAGCACAUGCGCCGGGACGAUGGCCUCAUGCAGGCCUGUGGCUGGAGUGUGCCACCCCGAUUUAAACAGACGGGUUCCCAGGCAGACAGCGCUCAGGACGCCGCAGGAAAGAGGCCGCAGGCCAAUGAGAAAGAGGACAACCGCAUGAAAAACGUCCCUGUGCCUGUAUACUGCCGCCCUCUGGUGGAGAAGGAUCCCAACAGGAAGCUGUGGUGUGCUGCUGGAGUGGACUUGACUGGCUGGAGGACACCCAGUCAAGAGGCGGGAGUGAAGCUACCAGCCAAUGGCACUGAUCCUCUGACUGGAGAGGACGAGGAAGGAGAGAAUAAGAGCGAACACAGCUCACCGGAGAAGAAGAAGCCUAAGGAGCUACAUGAGACAGACUCCAUGAGUAGCCGUGUGUGGAUCCUGACCAGCACUCAUUCAGCCAGUAAGGUGGUCAUUAUCGAUGCCAAUCAGCCCGGGUCACUGGUUGACCAGUUUAAUGUGUGUAAUGCCCACGUGCUCUGCAUCUCCAGUGUUCCAGCGGCCAGCGAGAGCGAUUACCCUGCAGGUGAGAUAUUUCUGGAGCAGCAGGGUGAUGGUGGUUCAGAGGAUACUGGUAGAGUGGAGGGAAUGCUGGCAGGCAUCACACUGGUGGGGUGUGCAACCAACUGCAGCGUCGUGCGUAGUAACUGCUCCUCACGCACCGACACCCCAGUGCUGGACAAAGGACAAGCACCUGCAGCUCCAGUGUGUAGCCGGCUGGCAGUGUCUCAGUCAGCAGAGGAAGCCACUGAAGCCAUGGAAGUGUCAGAGGAGGCGGGGCCAGCUGAGGAGGGCGGUAGCUCCGCCUCUUCUGGAACAUUCACUGAACAUGUCUUUACAGAUAAUUCACACAGUGAGGGUGGGGGCACUAAGGAGGAAGUGACAUCAGCACCUGCAGACUCAGAAAACGGAGGAGAUGAACGUGCUGGAACCAGUGCCGCACCCACCAUGUGGCUCGGUGCCCAGAAUGGCUGGCUGUAUGUGCAUUCUGCAGUGGCAAACUGGAAGAAGUGCCUCCACUCCAUCAAACUCAAAGACUCUGUACUCAGUCUAGUGCAUGUUAAAGGAAGGGUGUUGGUGGCACUGGCAGAUGGAACUCUUGCCAUUUUCCACAGAGCUGAAGACGGUCAGUGGGAUCUGUCGAACUAUCAUCUGAUGGACCUGGGUCGCCCUCACCACUCCAUUCGCUGUAUGGCUGUGGUGCAUGACAAGGUCUGGUGUGGCUACAAGAACAAAAUCCAUGUAAUCCAGCCAAAGAGCAUGCAGAUUGAGAAAUCAUUUGACGCUCACCCUCGCAGGGAGAGCCAGGUCAGGCAGCUUGCCUGGAUCGGAGACGGCGUAUGGGUGUCCAUCCGUUUGGACUCCACACUGCGAUUGUACCAUGCGCUCACACACCAGCACCUUCAGGAUGUGGACAUCGAGCCCUAUGUCAGCAAGAUGCUUGGUACAGGGAAGUUGGGCUUCUCAUUUGUUCGGAUAACAGCUCUGCUGAUUGGAGGAAACCGAUUGUGGGUAGGAACAGGAAAUGGAGUCAUCAUCUCCAUCCCUCUGACCGAGACUAUAGUCCUACAUCGGGGACAACUUCUUGGCCUGAGGGCAAACAAGGUGUCUCCCACAUCAUCAGGAGGUGUGAUCCAUGUAUAUGCUGAUGACAGCAACUCAGACAAAGGCAAUGGUAGCUUCAUCCCAUACUGCUCCAUGGCCCAGGCUCAGCUGUGCUUCCAUGGGCACCGGGAUGCAGUCAAAUUUUUCGUGUCAGUGCCAGGCAACGUGCUGGCCACCCUAAAUGGCAGUGUCCUGGAUAGUCCAUCAGAGUCUCAGGGUUCUUCAGCCCCAGCGGAGACAGAAGCUCAGAGUGUUCAGAACGUGUUGGUCCUCAGUGGAGGGGAGGGCUACAUUGAUUUCCGCAUAGGUGAUGGUGAGGAUGAUGAAACUGAGGAGGCAGAUGGCGAAGCCCCUCAGAUUAAGCCAACAUUGUCUAAAGCUGAGAGGAGCCAUAUUAUUGUUUGGCAGGUGUCCUAUGUCCCCGAGUAAUGCUAUCAGACACUUUAUGCCUGCAUUCCCCAUCUUGUAACUUUGGCCCCAAAUAUUCUCUAUGAAACCUUGUGUAUUCCUAACAAUGCCCCUUAAAUUCUGUAUGUAAGCUCUGUAACUACCCCCUAAGGCCUGUAUUUACCAUCCCUAAAUUGUAACUAUCCCCUGUAUGUUGGCUGAUUUGCCCCUGUGACUGCCCUUUACUCCAAUGCGAACAGCUCAAGACUCUUCUACAUCUUACAGCUGAACGGCAAUUAUAAAUGCAUUCGAUACAACUACCUUUCUCAGAAUAACUCAGUUUUUGCCAAAUGUAUAAACAUGCUCUUGCGCUAUUCUUACUUGUCCACCAGCUCACAGCUCACUGGAUAGUUGCUUUUAUUCCAGGUGGAAUAAGGAUAGGGAGCUGUGAUUGGUUAAAAGGGUUUGCAGAGCUCUUUGGUUUGUAUGAUCCUUAUUUAGGAAUUUGUUUAUAUGAUGUAAUAAGGAGGAUGGUGGGGAAGACGCAAGGGAUGUGUACAAAGGUGUAAAUAUUGAGGCUCGGUACAUACAACGUAGUGUCAUUUUAGGGGAGUAAUUGAAAGUGUGAUACCUGAUGGCUCAGGAAUUGAAAUGACAAUAAGAUAAGAAAGCACAUUUGAAGGAGACCUGUUUCAAAUAUUUAAAAUGUCACUGAUAUGGCAGAUAAAGUCAAUAAAUACAAAAUUGUUUAAACACCACCCUAAAUUAACAUACAGAAAGUAAGACAUAUCCAUCAGGUAAGCUGUGAGCUGGCUUUAUCUUCAAAGUAGACUGGGUUUUGUGGGACACACACAAGUUCUAUGAUUGGCUACUGGUUUGACUGACAGUUGAAAGGACCGAUCUGAUCGUCUGUAUGUAACAAUAUAUGUUCUCUUAUGUGUGGUUAAAUAUUAAAUAUUAAACAUAUUCGUGCUCUGAA